AUGAAGGUCACCAUCAAGAAGUGGAAUACGGUCGCUACUUGGCGCUGGGAUAUACCUGAAGACGAUGUUUGUGGUAUCUGCCAGGUCCACUUUGACGGGACGUGUCCGACAUGUAAAUACCCAGGCGACGAUUGCAGCCUGUUGUCGGGGAAGUGCGGUCACAACUUUCACAUGCACUGCAUAUUGGAAUGGAUCAAACAGGAUUCAUCGAGAGGGCAAUGCCCCAUGUGUCGUCAACGCUUCGAGUGGAAUGAACAACUGAAAGAACCAGUCACGCAGGCCGAGUAA